CGAUAGUCCAUGUGUUGGCGUUCUUGCGCUUGAAAAGUAUCUAUAUGUUUUGCGUGCUGAUAUUAACAGAUUGUGCCUACUUGUGUAUAUCAAACAAAACGAAAACAUACGAUGGCCGCCGGGGAGCACUACAAGAAUGAGAUCCUCCUACGUACCUCCCUCGAGGAAAUCCGCGAGGCCGCGGAGCGGUACGGUCUCCGGGAAGCGUUUGAUACAGCAGAAAAACUUGUCCUCCAACAAGGAGAACUACAUCAUGGUCGCGCCGAAGGAAAUCAUGCUGCUAAAAGUAUCACCCACACAACAACAAGCCGACAAAAUGCGCAGCAGCUCUCCGAGCGGCUCCGCACUGCCUACCGCGCGAAGAUGCUCGAACACCACCCAGACAAGGGCGGAUCAGCCGAGGAGUUCCUCGAGGCGCACGCGGACUACAAAAUCCUCUUCGAAUACUUCAAACAAAACGAGGAACAACUGGCGCAGAGGAGAAGUGCGGUUUCUGGUUAUUCGUCGUCCUCGCAGCAGCAUUCGGAGGGCCGGGGUGGCAGUGGGCUGGGCGGAAAUAUUAAAACGUCCUCGUCGGCGGGUAGCACCAACGAUUAUACCAGUGGAGGGCCGUUUGCUGAUAACGACUUCAAUGUCUUCAUUCCGAAGCGCAGUAGUGCUAGUGGUGCUACAAGUACAACUAGUGGGACAGCAGCUCCUUCUCAUUUCGUCAGCACCUCCGCGGGGACCACAGGAGCCACAGUCGCGGGAAGUUCAACGUUUCUGUUGAAUCCGCCGCCAGUUCGAAAGAUGACCGAGAAUAAUAGAACUACAAGUGCGCCGUACAACAACUCGGACGCGGUAGAUUCGCGGAAACAAGGAACUACAGGAGCCACUUCUGCGGGUUCUGUCCUUGGCAGCGGUGUUGUAGGCCUCAGUACGGAAGAACAAGAUGUUUCAUCUGCAGAUGAAAGUACUACCGGCACAGCACCUUCUUCUACUCCCGCGUUUGCCCACGAAGACGACCUGUUCCGUCCGGUUAUCACGGAAUUGCUAAAAACGCGGAUUCUCGGUUCCAACAAAGCCGCCCAAUACGCCAAGCUGCUGCAGCAAGAACAGGAAAAGGCUGCGGUGGCUGUUGCACAACCCAACAGCGGGGGAACGAGCAGUAACACUGUUGUUGGAGGACCGCGAAUCGGGGGAGCUGCUGCGGCCGGCGCACAUCUGAACCUGUCUGGCGAGGGAACAAGUGCCGGUGCAUUACAUCAAGGUGCAAAUAAUGCGAGGGUUGUAGUUCCUGCCUCGACGAGGGGCGAUGAGGACCAGGCGAAAGUGAUAAGCGCUGCAGGUGGAGCUGCGACUGGAACUGUCGCUGUCAAUUCUGCCAUCUCAGCAGCCCCCCAAGGACAGCACGAAGAUGAACUGAGGGAAACAAGUGGCGUUGCCGGCGACAGACCGCCGCAUCCGCUGCACAAUUAUUCCCCAACCGGCAGCUCUGGAUCAGAUGACUCCUCCUACACGGAUGGCAGCACGGGAAGCAGCAGUAGUAGUAGCUCUUUUGUGUCGUCGAGCUCUGCAGAUGUUCAUGGUGAGCAGCCGCGUGAGGACACUGAGAAUAAAGAUGAAGACCGCCCUGUUCGUGCCGGCGUUUCAUCACGCCAAGGACAGGAAGCAGAAGUCGAGGUGUCGAACGUAUCUGAAGCCCAUCUCCAAGGUCAUCGCGCAGAAAUUUCAGCAGCAGGGUCGCAUUUAGCCAAGAACAAAAAACGGCCCGACGAUCCGGGGGGCGGGGCGGAAACAGUGGAGGGCAAGAAUGCACCAGUGGCGUCUACUACAGGAGGACGUGGAGGAGCUGCCAGUCGCGAUGUAGACGGCAUAUUAGACGACACUGAGGACAUCUUCAUGCACCAGCGAGGAGAAAAUCAUAAUCAAGAUCAACACGUUUCUGUUUCAGCAGCAUCUUCGAGUGCGUCUUCCUCAUCCUCUAGUUGCACUACCAGCGAGGAAGAGAGCAGAUUUUUCCACCUCGGUCGUCUUGACAACUCAUCGACGGUAAGGGCAGGUGGAGUUCAUGUUCCAAGUGCUUUUGGUAUUGCGGAGCAGCCGGAAGGUGAAGUAAAAAAUGCUGUACUCCAGCAGCACACGAUAUCUUCUACUUCUGCUUCGACGGCAUCGGCAAAGCUGCAAGGCAACGAAAACGAUUCCAAGCACCACCCCUUCGAACAGAGUCAAAGCGAAAAAGAUGCCAGCCCCAGUCGGGAUUUGUACCGACAGGGAAUAUCCUCGAUUGUGCAGAACAUUCACAAAAACCGGCAGAAAAGCCAGUAUUCCAGAAGCAUCACUGGCAGCUUCAGCCUCGGCUCCUCGAGAAUAAAGUGAGAAUCAUGCAGCUGCGUAGAACUAGAAGUACCUAGAAGUAGUGCACGAUGAAGAAGAUUUUUUUUGGGAUUUUGCAGCUUGCGCGACUCGGUCUCGGACUCAGUACGGUUAGCAAAUAAAACGAAAAAAGAGGCGAUGAAUGUUCUUAUUCGACUAUAUGACUACGGAAAAAAUGCAAUCAUCGAUUUCUUUCUCCUCGGAAAGCGUGAGUAUG